GAUGACAACUACUCUUCCUUUUAUAUCGAAGAAUAAGAACUAGUAAUCAAUUUUUAAAAUAGUAGUGUGGAAAUGAAAGCAGUAACUUGGUAAAAGGACUCUCAUGGACUUUUUGAUUAUGAGACAAAAUCUUUAAGCGUUAAAAAGCAUAGAGUCGAAGGAUCGUGCAAAAUUUGCAGAGAAGGUUUGAUAAGUUGAAAUAUAAUUAGACAAUGAAAUAGUUAUUUAAGAAGGUAAAAAUAAAGAUGAAGCACACAUACCAUUAACAGGUAUAUAAGCUUAAGGAGGUAAUAUUAUAAAUAAUUUUUAGACUAAUAUUUUAUUUAACCAAAUCAAAGCUCAACAGAGAAUGACAAUUAUUUAAUUGUUCGUAGUUUAAAAAAUGCAGAUGGUGUGUAAAAGGUAUAAAAUAUAUUUUAUAUGAUAGGGUUACACAUUACAAGAGGGUGACUUGUUGAAAUUGGGCAGAGUAGAGUAUCAUGUAAUUGAGAUUAGAGAUGCUAAAGGAUAAAUUAGAUCUGUGAAGGAUAUUUUCUAAUCAGAAGCAAAGUUAGCUCCACCAUUAGAAGGUGGUGUUGCAAAACAAUGCAAAAUAUGUUUAAUAGAGGAUGAAACACCAGAAGAUCCAUUUAUAACACCAUGCAAAUGUAAUGGUAGUUGUGCAUAUGUACAUUUCAAUUGUCUCAAACAUUGGCUUGAUAGUAGGGGUUAUAAAAAAGAGUCUGGUAACACAAUUUCUUACAAAUGGAAAAAGUAAUCACAAUUAAUUCUAAAAUUGUAGAUUAGAAUGUGAAGUUUGUUAGGAAUUACUGCCAUAAUAAAUUAAAUUUAAAGGGAAAGUGUUAGAUUUAGCAUCCCUAGAAAGGCCAAAUUAACCGUAUAUAAUAUUAGAAAAUACACAAAUUUCAGAAAAGGAUAAGAAAGCUCAAAGAGGAAUAUACUUAAUAAAAGGAACACCAGAUGAUUAAGUUAAAUUGGGUCGUGGUCAUUAAUGUGAAAUUCGGAUAUCAGAUAUCUCAGUGUCUAGACUUCAUGCAUUUAUUAAAUAUGAGAAAGGCAAUUUUGUUAUCAUUGACAAUAACAGUAAGUUUGGUACUUUAGUUCGAUUAUCAACACCAUAUCUUAUCUGUAUGGAUAAAAUUGCAAUUCAAGUAUAAAAAAUCAAUAUAUAUUUAGGUUGGAAGAACAGUGUUAACAUUUGUUAUGAAAUCUUUUUCAAGUCUGAAUGCAAAUACUCAUGCUGGAAUCGCAGCUCUUCAUAAUGGAGAUUAAGGUAGAGUGAUGUUCUAAACUGGAUUUUAGGCAGGUAGUAAUAAAACCUAAACCAUAAAUAAUAACUAAAAAAAGCAUGACAAACACACUGGAUAAUGAUA